GAGAGAAGGAGCGUGUCUAGUUCAUUUCCUGCUCAGGUCGUGAGGUGGAUGGUUUUUACUUAUUAAUUUUUUCCUCUGGCUCUUCAGGAAGAAUGUACCACAGUGUGUGCUGUAAUCGCUGGUCUUCUGACGAGAGGCUGGAGGGAAAAACAGUCAUCAUCACCGGAGCCAACACCGGCAUUGGCAAAGAAACAGCCAGGGACCUGGCGAGAAGAGGUGCACGCAUCGUGAUGGCGUGCAGGGACCUGGAGAGAGCAGAGGAGGCGCGGACAGACAUUUUGGAAGACACUGGAAACGAGAACAUCGUCAUCAGGAAACUGGAUCUGUCCGACACCAAGUCCAUCAGAGCAUUCGCUGAACUCAUAAUCAAAGAGGAGAAGCAAGUGAAUAUCCUGAUAAACAACGCAGGCAUCAUGAUGUGUCCCUACUCCAAGACUGCAGACGGCUUUGAGCUGCAGUUGGGAGUCAAUCACUUGGGUCACUUCCUGCUCACUCACCUGCUGCUGGACCUCAUCAAACGUUCAGCUCCGGCCCGUAUCGUGGUCGUGGCGUCGGUGGCCCACACCUGGACGGGGCUUCGACUGGAUGACAUCAACAGCGAGAGGAGUUAUGACACCAUGAAGGCAUACGGACAGAGCAAGCUGGCCAACGUCCUGUUCGCACGUUCACUGGCCAAACAGUUACAUGGAACAGGGGUGAGCGUGUUCUCUCUGCACCCGGGGGUGGUGCAGUCCGACCUGUGGAGGCACCAGCACCAGUGCAUCCAGGUGGCCGUGAAGAUUUUCCGGAUUUUCACCAAGACGACAGUGGAGGGAGCUCAGACCACCAUCUACUGCGCCGUGGAGCCCGGCCUGGAGAGUCAGAGCGGGGGGUACUUCAGUGACUGUGCCCCUGCACGCUGCUCCAGGGCGGCCUCCGAUGACGACUUAGCCCAGAAACUGUGGGAAAUCAGCUGCAACAUACUUGGCAUCACCUGGCAGUGAACAAUGGGAAAUUAACUGUGUAGUGGAGGACGUUGUAUGUUAAGUGUGAAUUUCAUCUUUAAAAAAACAAACAGCACUAUUAAGCACUUAAAGAGGCAUUGUUGUUUCUGUUACUGUUGUGAAAAUGAUGUAUUUUAAUAACUGGAAGUACAAUAUGGUCCAAAUAUGACUGAAGCCUUAUUUUAUACAUAAUGGAAAGAAUCUUAUGUUUAGUCAAAUUACAUUGAUCAAACAGGGUUUCAUGUUUUACCCAUAUUGUCAGAUUGUUUUUCUACUCAGUAGAAUAUUGAAGAAAUCAUUUUGAAUUAUCUUUUCACGAUACGUUUGCUAGUUUAUAUGGUUAUUCUCUGUUAAGUUGAUUUUGUUUCUGUGUUGCAGAUGCUGCUCUAGUUUGCGAAGAUGUUAGCUUUGCUUUUGACGACACAUCAUGAAAUUCUUUCUUACUUAUUUCCCAAACAUUCAGUUUGCAGAGUCCUGUGGAACAAAGUGUUUUUUGGCACUGAUGAGAACAAUUUGGCUCCAAACAGUCUCGAAAAGUCUUUUUUAAAAGUAACAUGUGAAUGAAGUAAUGCACUUACUGUAGAUGGCAAUAGGAAAAGGUUUACCUUGUUCUUUUGUGGCACUUAAAGUGUCAGAAUGUCAUUUUAAUGAGUAGUGGGUGGCACUGGGUGGCCUCACCUCCCUUGCUUCUGGGUUCAAACCAUCCAGACAGCCCAGGCCUUUUGUUCGUUUCCAUAUUCUCCUCGUGCCUGCGCGGCUUUCCUGUGAGUACUCUGGCUUCUUUCCACAGUCUGAAAACAUGCAGGUUUGGUUAACUGGAGUCAUUGGAGGUUAAAUGGUCCGUAGGUGUCAAUGUGAGCCUGGAUAGUUGUUUGGUUCUCAGCCCUGUGGUCGUCUGGUGAUCUGUCCAGGAUGUACAGCUCCUGUCUGAUGUCAGCUGGGAUCGGCUCCAGGAUGAGCGGUUACAACUGUUUCACUACAUUUUCUUCUGUGAUAUCAGAGGUCUUUCCUGUUGCGGUAACAGUUGUAACCACAAUAUGGUUACAUGUGGUUAUAAUGUCAAGGUGCUAGGAAAGCCUCUGACGAUGC